AUGGCGAAGUCUUGCAAUGGUUGCUGCUGUCCGUAUGGACCACCACGAAACUGUAGGCGGUGGUUCGCCGGCUUGGGCAUCGGCCUCGCGGUGGCCGCCGUCCUCGCCGCUAUCACAGUCGUCGUCUUACGUUUCGGCGUCGUCCCCCAAGUCAAGGCCAAGGUCUACGACGCCCGUCUCAACAGCUUCGCCUUCGCCAGCAGAACGACCGGCGCGGCGGCGCCUUCGCCCGUCUUCGCCUUCGACAUCUCGGUGGCCCUCGCCAUCCGCAAUCCCAGCGGGGCGGUCAUGAAGCACACCAAGCCCCUCGUGGCCACCUUCGUCUUCCACGACCGGCGCCUGUACAACGCCACCAUCGCCGGCGAGGGGCACAAGCACAAGAUGCUCAAGACCAAGGUGCACGUCGUCCGCGCGGUCGGGGACGUCCCGGCGUACGUGCUGGACGCGGCGGCGGCGGAGGACUUCAAGAAGCAGAACGCGACGGGCGUGUUCAGCGUCGAGGUGCGCCUCUCCGGGGAGGUCACCUACCUGGGGCUCGACGGCCUCGGCAACAAGCGUAAGCUGGGUUUCAGCUGCCCGCUCGCUCUGCCGCUGGCGCCGCCGGGCCCCGAGGUUGUCGUGUUCGCUGAGGUCACCUGUAAGGCUCAGGAGCCCGACAAGAUCUACUUUUGA